AUGUCUCUGGAAGAUCAUUUAUACCUAGCAUUGGCACCAUUCUUCAUUUUAUUCUUGUCACCCAGCCAAUACCAUCAUGAAUUGAAGCCAUUAUUUAGGCAUGAGAAUUGGUUUGCAGCAAUGAUCUCUAUACAUGAUAUGGACGGCAUCAAAAAGUUUCUAUUGCCCCUGAAUAUUGUGAUUGACAUACUAGCCAUAAUCGACAACCUAUUGAUAAAACCAUCAACCGGGAGCAAGCAGAAAUUAAUUUUAAGAUACUAUCUCUUUCAAGUCGUGAACACAUUCACCAAGGCGUUGAGUGCAUUGUUUACCAAGCUACAACCCGUCCAAAAUAAAAAAUCUAAUUUUUUGGAUAUACUUUCUGCUUCGUGUACCAAAGAAUCUCGUGGUGCUAAAUGGGACACAAUCUGUGGUUUGGAGAAGACAAAUAUUGCUUCCUAUGGUCAAAAGCAUUAUCUUGUGCGUAAAGAUCUAUUAAGAAUUGCUGUGUUUUGCAAAAAUUCACUUGAUAAUAGCGACCUUUGUGCAUUUUGA